GCUAGCCACCUCUUUCUUGAGCAUUUACGCAUAACUCUCCCGAACAACAUAUAUCUACUUUAAAAAUGUCGGGGGUGUGGGUUUUCAGCAACGGUGUUGUCCGUCUGGUGGAGAAUCCUGGUGAGUAUCAAGGUUCUAGUUCUCGUCGCAAAGUGCUCGUCCAUCUGGCAAGUAAUGAAGUCAUAACAUCGUAUUCUGUCCUCGAGAGCAAGCUGCUAUCUCUGGGAUGGGAGAGAUACUAUGAUGAUCCUGACCUCCUUCAGUUCCAUAAGAGAUCAACCAUUGACCUCAUCUCUCUUCCCAAGGACUUUAGAAAGUUCAAGUCCAUGCAUAUGUAUGAUAUUGUCGUCAAGAAUCGUGAUGAGUUUGAAGUUAGGGACAUGCAAUAAGGCGGUAAUCACUAGGUUGAAGUUGAACUUUAGCCUUUAGGUCCACGUCAUGUCCCUUGAUUGCUUCUGUCUGAUUUUUUUUUAUUUUUUUUUUGCAAAAUUGUGGUUUUUUUUUGUGUGUUUGCAGUCACUUGGCUUUAGGUUGCUUUUAACCAGUCAUGAGUCUAUGUAUCAUACUAGUGUGUGCUGGGAAGUUGCCACUGUAUGAGCUUGGUGCUAGCACAUUAAUGCUUAUGUA